AUGCCAACUAAUGAUACAAAUAUGAAAAUCGAAACUUUAGCUUGGACAAUUGAUAAUAAAGCUGAACUUUGGACGAAUACAACACCAAUAGAGAAAAAUGGAUUGUAUCGUUUUUCAACAUCUAAAAAUUUUCCAUCAGAUGGCCUGUAUUUUAAAACUGAUAAACAAUUCAAUGGAGAAAUGGAAGAUCGUUUAUCAUUAUUAUAUAAACAAACAAUUGAAAAACAAGAAAAUGAAGAAAAAUAA